AUGCAACACAUCCCACCAAGCAAACGCGCAGAGCGGCCAGGCCAAGACAUUGGUGAGUUCUGCAAAGAUAACAAUACACUUGUGGUAGAGAGUAUCUGUACGUAUUGCUCAGAUCUUGGCAUAGUGGGAGGCUCGGAAAAGCUGGGUCCAGAGAUUGUUGCACGCAACGCGGGCCAUACACUGUUCCUGACUGAGCGUGGCUAUCAUGUCGCGGAAAGGUUCGCCAUUACCGAGGGUGAUAUAAUUUGUUGGCUCUUGCAUGGUGUUUCACUUUUUGUAUUGCGUAAGGCAGAGGAGAACCAUUGGACGUUGGUUGGCCAUUUCGUCCGAGGGACUACAGGUCUUUGGAACGAUGGGAAUACAUAUGGAAAAAACGAGCCGCAACCGAGGUAUUCAGAUUAUGGUAAAGGGAGAUUUGGGGGUGCCGUCGCUUGUUUCCAUACCUUUUUAGACUCCUCACCCUCGGAGGCUGACGGCAAGAGCAGCGAAAAGCGUAUUCCUGGUUAG